AUGGCCUCCGCCUCUGCUGCUGUCCGCCGCCGCAACGACCAACCCUUCCUCCCGGGUGCCAGCCUCACUCGCGCCCUCCAUCUCACGGUCACCAUCCUGAUGCUCAACCUGCUACUGUUCGUGGCAUUCCUCCGUGACAUCGACCCGUCGUCCGAGCUGUCCCACCGCAACGGCCUCUGCCAGUCCAUCCGCCGCAAAGAGCGUCGCAUCAUCCGCCUCAGCUCCCUCAUCCUGGGCCUCGAGCCCGCCGACCCCUCCCACCCCGAUGACCCCGAAGCACAUCCGCGCCACUCCACCAUCGACGCGCAGGUGAUGCAGAGUCUCGUGCCGUCGUCUCCCACGGCCACCGAGCGAGUGAGUGGCUCCUCGCUCCGACCGAAACGGCCGCUGCCUGCUGCGAGCAUCCUCUCCCUGCGGCCGUCCAACCGUCCUGUGAAGCGUAGUCGAGGAGACAGCGCCGUGACUAGCCACUCCGUGGUUGGCAUCAAGACGGCAGAUCCAGUUUUCGGGGGGCACCAGCAACAGCAGCAGAACGUCGUUUACCCGCCGCGGAUGAGUGACUCGAUCUACUCGGCCACCCUCAGGAGGAGUCUGUCGCUGGGGUCGUCGCGCCGCCAGAGUAUGGUGCUGCCUCACAUCCGCUAUUCCGGGUUCAUGACGGAGCGAUUGCGAUUCAGCGUCUUGAGCCAGCCGUGGUCGAUGGUCUCGGUCGUCGCGCCGGAUAGCGCUGAGGUGCCAGCGCAUCACCGCGCCGAGCCCAUCCUGGUCGAGGAGACGAUGGAGCGGCUGCAGCCGGCGUGCUCGGUGGACAGUUAUCCGGGCCAGUUUCCCAUCAGCGAUGGGGUGGAGUUGAGCUGGUUGGCCACGGCGACGCAGUGUCCUGGUGCUGAGCUGGCAGAAGAUGAAGAGAACAACUCUCCCACAGCUCCUGGAUUGCAGACUGCUGUGAGGCCUUACACCGAAGUUUAA